CUUCCCAUAUAGAGCACACGCUCAUUUGAUAAGCGACAGUGAAUUUUGUGUAUUAGCUGCUAAGAUGGGGAGGACGGACCUUCUACUGAUUGGCUUUUUACUAUGUGUCUCGUCGGUCGUUGUAAACUCUCAACAAAAUAGACAAUUUCGUCUGUGUGUUGAAAAACCAGAGUCAGCACCAGAAUGCCAAAAUUUAAACCGACCUGGCAGUGGAGUGAAAUGUGUUCCAGUGCUGGACAGCACCGACUGCGCCCUGAGAAUUCAAAAUCGAACGGCGGACUUUGGGAUGUUCAAGGCGGAAGAGGCGAUUUUAGCGUCACACUUCCUGGAAUCAGUCGCCGUCAUUGGUGACAUCAGGCAUGAGGAACGUACGGAGGAUGAAUUUAGUUUUACCGCGGUUGCGAUUGUUAACCGCGCGAAAGUGCCAUCAAAUGACCUGACGCUGACUUCCGGACUCUCUCUGUGUCACCCCGGAAUGGGGCUGAUGAAGUCUGGCUGGUCUGAUAUGGUGCUCAAAGAAAUGGAUCUGACCAUCUUGGACAAAACUGGCAACUUAAGAUGUGACGAAUGGCGGUCGUCGGUGCGAAAUGAGUAUUUUUCCAUCGCUAAACAGUGGGGCCCGUCGUGCAGACCUGGUACUUGGUCCUGGGAUCCAGUGGCGGAUAAAGCUAUGAAAUUCGAUUACAACAGUUUGUGUGAAAAGUGUCCAAACAAGGGAGACUGCGCCUAUCAAAAUUCAGACCAAAAUAACUUGCAUCAGGCUACGCUAAAUUGCCUUAAAAACGGCGGAGACAUUGCUUAUGUGGCGCUGGAUUACGCACGAAAUUUCAUUCAGUCAACUCCUGGUGGAAACCAAACUUACGCCUACGUUUGCAAAAACUUGACUCUGAGCUCCAGCCCGUACGGUUGCAAUUUCGCCCAGCAACCUUGGACUUCAAUCGUGGCUACAAAAGAAAUUGCUCGUGAACUUUCACCAAAACUGCACGAGUGGCUGAAACCCCUGGAGCCGCGAUUGGCCCUCCAGGAAGCACCUGAAAGAGCCGUUGGUGGCUGGCAAAGGGCUCUGAUCGACCUGCUGCUCGAGGACUACCACCUCUACAACCCCAUUAACAACAUGGAUCUGAAAACUUUCGUUGGCCGAGGGCGCCGAUUGAAGGUGAAACAGGACGAUAAUGUUUGCGACCGAAAGGUGAAUUGGUGCGUUGGCGAGGCCGAAGAACGCCCAAAAUGCGGAUGGCUCUCGGCUGCUGCCUGGUACGCUGGAGUCGUGCCCGAAAUCAAGUGCGUGAACGGCCUGAGCGAUCGCGACUGCGUUGAAAAGGUCGCGAAAAAUGAGGCGGAUCUCGUGGUUGCUGACAUUGACCUCGCACAUUAUGGCAAAAGCUUGAAAAAACUGAAACCCUUGAUGUUUGUGGGCACGGCUGAUGACCAUUUGACCUCCGUUGUGGCCGUCGUCAAGGCAAACAGUGAAAUUACUAGUUUUAAAGAUUUGAAAGGCAAAAAGGCCUGCUUCCCAUCUUACGAAGGAAUUGGUUACGGAACGUUUUUGAGGGAAGGUCUAAAUCAGACAUUGAUUGAGCCGAAGAAUUGUCCAUACUCCGAUUCCGUUUCUAAAUUUUUCUCGCAAUCGUGCAUUCCCGGAGCUGCAGAACAUAAUAAAGAUAAGCCAAGCUUGUGCGCGCUGUGUGAGGCUAAAGGACAGUAUGCUUGUUCUGCUGAACCAGGAAAUUCGUUCGACAAUGACGUCGGCGCCAUCAAGUGUUUGCACAAUUCAGGAGAUGUGGCUUUUGUCCGACUGAAUGAAAUUCUGCUGGCCUUCCAGAAAAAUUUGCUUGACCGAAUGUUGCCGGCAGAUUUCAAGGUUCUCUGCAAAAACGGUGGCCAACCAGAUUCAACGCUGCCUCUUGGGCCGAACUCCAUCAGGUGCUCUUUGACCACAGUUCCAUCGCACGCUGUUCUGACAAGAGAAGGCGACGAAAUUAACAAAGAACGCGACACGCACGUUGUUCUCAACUCAUUGGACUCGAUGUUUGGCUUGCUUGAAAGUAACAUUCGGCCAGACCAACCCUUCUUCAUGUACAACCCCUUCGCUGGCCAUCGUGACCUCAUUUUCCCGGAAUCAUCAAGCGUUCUCUUGAGCUCAACAGACAAAGACAAAAACGUGAAAGAAUUUUUAAAAUUGAUCAGAGACGUGCCACGACCAUGUGGACUAGAGAGUUCUGCAUUUAUUCCGAAGCCGAAAUUACUUUUUACUCUGCUCUUCGCCAUCGCUAGUUUGUUUUUCAGUCGAUAUUAAAAAUAGAAGAGAGUAUAUUUAAUUAAAAAACUUUAAUUCUCCUUACAUUUGAUUGACUGAAGGAAGAACUUGUGAAAAUCCAAAAAUAAAAAGUUAAAGUAGA